AUGCCCUCGCUUGAUCAAAUCAAUGAAGAGAUAAUCCGGUUCACCGAAAACUCGGCUGCCAUCCCUCUUGGAACUACCUCCGACGAAAUCUACAAGAAAUUCGCGGAGGCACCUUAUUUACCUCCUGAAUAUCAAGAAGAAGGUAUGUGGUACGCAGCUAACUGUAAGUUGGAUGCGUUGUUUGGUGUGCGCGAAGGAUCACUCAAUUUUCGAAAAGGUCCGUAUGGACUUGACCUAGUUGUGAAGUGGCUCAACAAAGCUCGCAAGCACGAGAUGUGGGACUCAGAAGCCGACAAGGCGAAGAAACUAAUCAAGCCCCCUGGAUGGGAUUCAGCCUCUGAUCAAAUUGUCAAGAUCAAGAUGGAGCGGAUCCUCUCGCAUCUGAAAGAGUUGUCUGGAGAACCUCCGGCUUCUGAAUCCAAAGGAGUCAAACGACGAGUUGUUUCUACACCCGAUGUGGAUCAAGAUGUAUCAAUUAGCCAGCUUGUACAACCUCCAGCCAAACGAAGUCAACCACUGGAGAUCCAUGUGAUCUCUUCAGAUGACGAGGAACCUGCUAAAGAACCCAAAGGCUCAUCUACAUUGAAAUCCAAGAAAAACAAACCAACCCAAGUCGAAUCGGACAGCAAACGAGGAUACAUCUCGAGCGUGUCCGAGUUGCUUAAGAUGUGUCCGAUGUCAACACCCAGCAAGCCUUGCGACCGAUGUAAGAUUGAAGAAUUGAUCAGAAGGAAAGAUUUUUGGUGCCAUUGUGGAGCAUCAAAGAAGACUUUACACGGUGGACGCACUGAGGCUGCGCAGGAGCACUGGAAAACUGCUACUUGCAUCAAAAAGACCGCCGAACUUCGUUCAACUAAAGUCCUGACUAGUUUUUUUACGGCUGUACCUGCGGACCCUGCGACUGUUCCUCAAGAUCCGAUCCCAGCACAGCCUGCUCAAAGUGCUGCACUCUGA